AUGGGAUCUCUUUCCCAUGAGAGAAAAUAUGAUACCUUUGCUCCUCCCUCGUCUCCUUGUGCGUUGAAGUACAUCGAGCAUUAUGUAUCCAAGUUGGACACACUUGCAGGCGUCGCCAUAAAGUACGGUGUUGAGAUUGUAGAUAUCAAGAGAACUAAUGGUCUAACAACAGAUCUUCAAUUGUUUGCUCACAAAAUAUUACUUAUUCCUAUUCCUGGAAAACAUCCACCAUCUACUCCAAUUCAGUAUAAUGGUUCUCUCGAUGACAGGUAUCUGAGAGCUAAUUACCUUCAAGUGAACAUUCCACCCGAGAUUGGAGAACUUAGACUUGUCAAGCAAUUUGCUCAGGGGCACAAUUCCUCCAUCUAUUGGCUCUCUGAACCAAUUAUGAUUUCUCUUAAUUCUGCAGAUUUGAUUGCCAAGGGAAAUUUGUAUACUCGAUCACGUGAAGAUGAAGCCAGUAAGUUACUGGAAAAGGCUUUAAAGAUUCAGUUGGGAAGAGGAUUUUAG